GUUUGUUGUCUGGUAUUAGGGAGGAUGGACGGAUUACAUUUCCGCAGGCGAGAGGUGCCGAGGAAGACAAUGAGCUGGCAGAAGGUGAAGGCAAAGUUAAAACAAAGUUGCUUGCUAUGUGGUACAACAUGAAAUAUGUUCCAGCACUGAAAAUAAGGAUGUGUGUGUCAGUCAACAUAAACCUCUUAUGGCAACAGUUUCAUCGCUGAAGAGUGUGAACUGCUCAUGAUUGUAGAUGAUGGUGUUGAAUUGUAGCUCCAUUUGUUGAUACCUCACAAAUCCACUGCCUUUUUACACAUUGGUGACUGUUGAUUAGAAAGGCAGUGGCAGCGUGAGGGAUACAAGAAAAUACUGUGGUCUUAAUGUGAAGAUGAAAACAAACUUUUCACGAGAUUCUCCAGUGUGGCUCUUAGGAAGAUGUUACCAUCGUAAGACUGACCCAUGUGAUGAACAACUGGUAAGCGAUGAGAAAGAAGAAGGAAUUGAGAGCUUUAAGAGUGACUUCAUGAGCCGCAUUUGGCUAACAUACAGAAAGGAGUUCCCCAGUCUUGAUGGUUCGAACAUUAGCUCAGAUUGUGGUUGGGGUUGCAUGCUUCGCAGUGGCCAAAUGCUUUUAGCCCAGGCACUUGUUUCACAUUUUCUUGGAAGAGGCUGGCGGUGGGAUCCAAACCAGCGACCUAGUAAUGAAAAACAAUACAGGGAUGCUGUGAACCAUCGAAAGAUUAUCAAGUGGUUUGGUGAUACACCAUCACAAAUGAGUCCUCUAUCAAUUCAUACACUGGUAUCAUUGGGGGAAGUAUCUGGAAAGAAGCCAGGAGACUGGUAUGGUCCUGGUUCAGUGGCACACUUGCUAAAGAAAGCUGUGGAUAUGGCCACCAGAGAAACCAGUGACUUUGAACAGUUGACGGUGUAUGUUGCCCAGGAUUGUGCAGUAUAUCUUCAAGAUGUGAUAGAUCAGUGUGAAGCAAAUGGUAAAGGCUCCUGGAAGUCUUUAAUUUUGUUAAUACCAGUUCGUCUUGGUGCAGAAAAACUGAAUUAUAUAUAUGCACCAUGUCUUACUGCCAUGCUGUCUUUGGAUAAUUGUGUUGGAAUAAUUGGAGGCCGACCAAAACAUUCCCUGUACUUCGUUGGAUUCCAAGAUGACAAAUUGAUUCAUCUAGAUCCACACUAUUGUCAAGAAAUGGUUGAUGUAUGGAAAGCUGAGUUUCCUCUCUCUAGUUUUCACUGUAGGUCACCAAGGAAACUGAAUCUCUCCAAAAUGGAUCCGUCGUGUUGCAUAGGAUUUUACUGCCAAACUAAAGAUGACCUUGAAAAGUUUGUUCAGAAUGUGCAAACGUGCUUAAUUCCUCCUCAUGAAAAGGCUGAAUACCCCAUGUUUAUAUUCUGCAGUGGAAGAAGUAGAGACGUCAUGUCAGCUCCAAAAUUUUGCAUCCCAGAUGACAGCAUUAGACUUGCAGAUUCUGUACAUGACAGUGAAGAUGAUUUUGAAAGUGAAGAGUUCGAAGUUGUGUGAUAUUUCACUGGUGUACUAUUUAUAUGUGAUUGUAUUUAUUUAAUCUACCAUUGUAAGUUUGCUAAAAUUAUCAACUGUGCUGCAAGCUCGCUGAAUUGAUAUAAAUCCCAUCAUUUUUUUAUGGUUCACAUUAUGUGGUAAUACCGCAAUGGAUAAGAAAAAGUGAUAAAAUUAUCUGUAAUGCUCAGCUUCCAAGUUACUAAAUGUGUUACUUACUGUCUAAUCUAUAAGACUGCAGUUUAAAAGCAAAUGUCUUUGCUUAGAUAAAGUAUGUUUUAUUUUGUGACAAUUGGAAGUUGAUACAUUGUUGUAAAAAGUUGAUUGUGUAGGCUGUUACAUAGAUAUAACUUAACUUAAUACAGUGACCUGUUCAUUUCAUGUGAUUGUUGUGGAUACUUAGAAAGAUAAGUGUGAUAUAUGUACUUACUUUUGUGCUAGUAUUUGAAUCCAUAUGAUGUGAUCUUUUGUGUUAUAACUGUUAUUUUUACACUUACUAUUUGUAACUACAGAGAAUCUGAAGGCAUAUAUUUUAAUAUUUUAGUCUCUCUCUCUCUCUCUCUCUGUCUGUCUGUCUGUCUGUCUGUCUGUCUCCUAAGACAAAAAUGCAAGUUAAUUUAUUUGUAAUUUAUCAGUAUUACAUUUUUUUGAAUGAAGUAAAGCUUAUAAUCUAUUUA